CCUGGCUAAGGUUGCCUGACGCGAGGAGGAGUUCGCUAGCUGUGCGCUGUCCGCAUUCCCUGGCAACAGCUGUCUGAGCGAAGGGAGAAUGCCUGUGGCUUCGAAACCGUUGCCGGAGCCGAGGUCUGCCCCGCUCCAUGCCCUGCUACUGCAGAGUUACCUGCGGCUGCUCAAGGAGCGUCCGGUGCUCACCAAGGCGCUUACUAGUGCUAUUCUGUCUGCAUUGGGAAAUCUUUUAUCUCAAAACAUAGAGAAGCGAAAGAGAGGACAGAAAUCCUCAAGGAACGUUGACCUGGCUGGACCUCUUCGGUUUGGCGUAUAUGGUUUCCUCUUCACAGGCCCAUUGUCCCACUAUUUCUACUUGUUCCUGGAGCAGCUGGUCCCUUCCUCGGUCCCACUAGCUGGAUUCCGCCGUCUCCUGCUGGAGCGUUUAAUCGUAGCACCUGCUUUCCUGCUACUCUUCUUCUUUGUGAUGAAUGUUCUGGAGGGUAAGGACUUGGCCACACUGAAUCAAAAGCUGAAGGAUGGCUACUGGUCUGCGCUUAAGAUGAACUGGAAAGUUUGGACGCCCUUUCAGUUCAUCAAUGUGAACUAUAUCCCAGCACAGUUUCGAGUCUUGUUUGCAAACUUGGUGGCUUUCUUCUGGUAUGCGUACCUGUCCUCGGUCCGGAAGUGACCAUGAAACCUCUGGACAGAGACUAUGAAACCCAAAAUGGACACUGAGAAAAACAAAGGCAGCUCAGUGAAGUGAAUGCCAGACAGAUUAAACUCUCAGCUCUAACUGCAGUAACAAAGAUGAUGCUCAGGAUAAAGAGUACACACUGGUAAUUGCAUUUAAUUACGCCACUAAAAUAUAGUACACACAUUUUAAAGCCAAUCGGUUUUAUAUGGGGUCUGCUACAAAAACACCUAGGGUGGGUCUACAGACUGAAUGUAGUCAUAAAAAGAAACUAUUUUUUAUUAAGUCAUUCUUAGGUUAUGGAUAUCUUGAAUAAGUACUACAAAUGAAAGGGUGAUUUAGGAGCAUCUGUUACAUUGUGUUGAGGAUCUCAGAGAAGUAAUUUUAUCUGUGUGACCCACACUGUGAAACUUCCAGGUUGUUUAGUACAUAUAUCUAAUAUGUGGAUUAAUAUGGCAAUGGUAGGAAAGAGUUUAGAACAAAAACACACAGGAUCGUGAUGAAACUCUAAUGCUUUUGUGCCUAAUGUAACUGAAAACAAAUUUAUUAUAAUAUGGAUUAAUAAAAAUUAAUCUUCACAGAAAAA